AUGACUCGCACUGUCGCAGUUUUCGGCGCCACCGGUUCUGCUGUCGUCAAAACCUUGCUCGCCGAUGGCACUUUCACCCCUCGCGCCAUCACGCGCAACGCUUCGUCGGAGAGGGCACAGAAGCUGAAGGCGCUCGGUGUUGAAGUCGUUGAGGCCAACGCCUGGGACAUCAGUUCCUUGAAGCGUGCUCUAACAAGCUGCGAAGGCGUCUUUGGAGUUACAGACUAUUACGACCCGAAGAACUUCGCUGAAGGCACGUCGAGUGAGACAACCAUGGGCAAGAACAUCGUUGAUGCUUCGAAGGAAACUGACGUCAAAUUCUUCAUUUGGAGCUCACUUCCGCAUGCGACAAGGGUCUCUAACGGCAAGUACCGCAAUGUACACCACUUUGACAACAAAGCCAACGUCGAGGAAUAUCUACAAGAAGUCGGAUUGCCCCACGCCAUCCUGCACACGGGCUGGUUCUCUGAGAACAGCUGGAAUUAUAACUGUGUUGCUCCCUCUGAAGAUUCCUCGUCCUUGAACGUGGCGAUUCCGAAGUACUCCGCCGAUUCGCCGCAGUAUAUUCUUUGGGUUGAGCGCGACCUCGGCCAAGUUGCUCUCGCUCUUCUCAAGAGUUACGAGACUAAGAAAGAACAAGUACUUGGCCACCUCUUCUACGCGGUCAGCGCGAAGAUGACUUACCCUGAGUUCGCCAAAGUUCUCGAGCGUAGUGUUGGGAAACCAGUCGACUUUAUUUCGCCUGAGUCUACUGGAAUGCAGGAAAUGGAUGAGAUGUAUGCCUUCCAGUCCGAGUUCGGUCUGUAUCCCGACGUUCAAAUCCCCGACCCACGCCUCACCGAGCUCGGUGUCAAGUGGCACACGAUGGACGAGUUCGCGCAGGAAGCAGCCAAGGCACGCUACGUGUAGAUGGGUAAAAGCCCAUGCCGCGAAUUAUCCCGCAUUCAAUAUUGAC